AUGGGAAGUGCUCGCAAUCUCGUGAGGAGGCCGAAGCAUAUCGAAGUACCGCUAGACCUCCUGCUUCGCUACCAAGACGAGGAGGAUGACACCGUCUUGCCUGCCAGCAGUCAUCCCUCGUACAUCUAUGGCAACCCGUAUGGAUCGAGUCUCUCGCGCACGGUAGGGCGCGCAGGUCUCUCGACGACGCUGCAGCCCCAUCUAGCGCCAAGCACGCUGCACCAGUCACGCUCUCUCGCCACCAACCUGCCCGCGCUCACUCGGCCCAACCUACGCUAUCAAGCUCGCGUCUGGAAUGAACAGGCGCUGGAGAUCUUGAUGCCGUUCGAAGAAGCGGAAGAGCCUGCGGGCGCGGCUAGUGCAGUCAACGAAGAGGGACAAGACGGUCAGCUUCCGCAAGGUCAAAAUGGUCAAGACAAUGACAGGCAAGACGAGGCUCAGGGAGACGAAGAGAUGAUCAAUCCCGCCAAUGCUUCCCCGCCCGAGCCACCGCCCUUUCCUGCCUACGCAUCUCCUGAAGAGCCAUGA